AUGCCUGAUCCUGCAGAUAAGUUCCAGCUACAUAAUGCCAUGAAGAAUGAUGGCACAACUGAUGACUGGGAUGUGCUUGUCUCCUACAGGGCGAGGGAUCUCAACCAACAUUUGACGACCGCUUGGAACGACAGGGUCGAAUCCAAAAGUAUCAAAUUUACCGUGGAAGAGUAUCGGGGACCUGAUGUUUAUUACACUGACUAUGUCUUUGACUUGGGAAAUCCACAGCUGCAGUUUGUGGACGACGACGGAGCAAAGGCGGAACUCACGUUUGAUGCAUCAGGUACCAUUACCUUCCGGGAGCACCCCGAUACGCCCUACAAUGUCCCUGCUGGGCAUUAUCAAAUUAGAUGCCGUGUCCCUCUGGCUGGACUGACUGGCAAUGGUGACGAUACAAGGGGCGAGGAAAAUUACUUCUUCAACGACAACGAGACUGCUUCAUAUUAUGUAACGUUCAAGUUCCACAGUGGAAGUUCUACAUGGGAAUUGAAGAAGGUAAAGCCUCUCGACGGUGCAAUCGACACAGCCAUGACAGCUACUGUCAGCAAGAUUGGCGAUUACUUCAAGAACAUCACUUCAGAGUUUAUGCUCGCCAUUUGCCUGGCGGAGGUAUCGAACGACCAACAUCCGGAUGCAUCGGGCCUGCUAACCCCUGAAUCUUUCUGCAUAACUUGUCAUGGGGGUGUGGAAAAGGGUGUUCUUUGUGUGUUCAUACAGACCAAGAACGGUCGCGCAGGCAAAGGGCAGCCCAAAUUCAGAGUUCGACCAGGCUACGAUUACCUGCCGGUCCCCGAAGAAUACGGGGCAAGUAUCAUUAUCUCCCGUACACUCCUCAUUGAGAGGUUUCUCCUGCCCGAGAUCAAGAAAAGAAAGAGUGAUGCCCAUCUACGGGACGAAGACGGUAUCGUCGAAAAGAAAGGGACUGGCCCGGUCGAUGAGAAAACAGGCGCUUUGUUCGAAUUUCGCUUUGCGGAUGAUCUUGUCACGAACGUCGAGUGGCAUAAUUAUGGGAACCUUCAACUCAUAUUUGAGGGGCUCAAGAUCAACUUCGAUGACCAGCCGCUGAUACUCGAAAUUCAAGAUGAUGAUUCCCUCCAGACAAAAUAUACGUGGAAAUGGAGCUGCAAGGGCACCCUGGAAUAUUACGAAGUCGUCAAUGGUUAUGUCCAUCACUUCCACGCAGACUACGAUAACUCGGCCCAACUCGCAAGUCUUGAGAAUGACAAGAUCAAAUGGGACAUCCGCUUCACGUCCAACAACCAGCCUGAUGGCACCAAGGGUGACCAGAAUAUUCAAGCCAACCUGACCCUAUAUGAAUUCGAUUUCAAGUUGCCCGACCUAGAUUACUUCAGAACGACCAACAUUUUCACGCCGGGAAAGCACGUCAUUGAUGCUGAGGAGAUGAACUUCCCCUGGGACCUGAUGAUCCUAGGCAAUAUUGCGGUAUGA